CGCUUUCAUCCCUUCGCUAUUGAAGUUUCAAGCUUGGCCGAGCAGAGUUAGCACCAUCAAUUUCAUCAUGGACGACGACAAUGGAGAGAGAUCAAGCUUCGUAAUCGGCCUCAUCGAGAACCGCGCCAAGGAGGUUGGAGUAGCUGCCUUUGACCUGAGAACAGCUUCGCUGCAUCUUUCUCAGUACAUUGAGACUAGCAGCUCCUAUCAGAAUACUAAGACUCUGCUGGAUUUCUAUGAACCUAUGGUAGUCAUUGUUCCCCCAAAUAGGUUGGCGGCUGAUGGGAUGGUUGGAGUCUCACAACUAGCUGACAGAUUUUAUUCCACGACAAGGAAGGUCAUAAUGGCGCGGGGCUGCUUUGAUGAUACAAGGGGAGCUGCAAUAAUUAAAAACUUAGCUGCCAAGGAGCCGUCUGCACUUGGUUUGGACUCGUACUCUAAACAAUACUAUCUUUGCUUGGCUGCAGCAGCAGCAAUUAUUAAAUGGACAGAAGCAGAGAAAGGGGUCAUUGUUACAAGUCACUCAUUGCUGGUCACUUUCAAUGGAUCGUUUGACCACAUGAGUAUUGAUUCUACCAGUGUUCAAAAUCUUGAGAUAAUUGAGCCAAUGCACACAAGCCUUUUGGGGACAAACAAUAAGAAGAGAAGUCUAUUUCAAAUGCUUAAGACAACCAAAACUUUUGGAGGAGCUAGAUUAUUCAACACAAGCACAAAUAGUGAGAAAAUUGUCGCGGUUUUUCAGAUCGUGCUGAGCCGCCGCCGGGUUGAGGAGUCGCCUCCUGUCGUCAAGGAAUCACCGUCGCCGCCGCUGGUUGGAGGAAAUUGUCAAUCGGUGUUCUUCCAGAUCAGAUCGGGCAGGAGCAUCGGCGCUGCAGUAGUUGAAGCUUCCAUCGCUCAGCCGCGAGCCGUCACCGUCGAUCCAGAUUUGCCACCGCCGCGUCGAGCUCUCAGAUCGCAUCCAUCAGCUCGGGCAGGUGCAGCGGGCAGUAGGUGUUGCUGCCACCCAGUCGAGAGCCUCCAUUGUCCAGCGCGCAGAGUUCACCACCGCGAGCAGUCGUUUGAGAUGGCAGAAGACGGGAAGUUCCGAAUUGAGAAGUUCGAUGGUACAGAUUUCAGUUGGUGGAAGAUGCAAAUUGAAGAUUUGCUGGUUCAGAAAGAUUUGGACGUGGUUUUGGGUGAUAAGCCAGAAAAGAUGUCGGAUGCAGAUUGGGCAGGUUUGGAUCGGAAAGCUAUGUCCAUGAUCCGUCUCUCGUUGACCAAGAAUGUUGCGUUCAACAUUCUGAAGGAGAAGACAGCGAAGGGAAUUAUGGACGCGCUGUCUAACAUGUACGAGAAGCCAUCUGCAGCGAACAAAGUUUUUCUGAUAAGAGAGCUGGUGAACACAAAAAUGAAAGAAGGCACUUCAGUUACCGAGCAUAUCAACAAGUUGAAUUCGAUCUUAGCCAGACUAUUGUCAAUUCGAGAUCUCGUUCUUGGCGAGGACGUCAGAAGAAAGAGUUCCGGGGAAUCAUCUGGUGAAUUGCUUCAUGUUGGUAGAGGCAGAAGAAAUAGCAGAGGUAGUGGGAGCAGAAACAGACAAAGGAGUCAGUCGAAGACUCGUGACAGCUCAGGUGUAACGUGCUGGAAGUGCAAGGAGGUAGGGCAUUUUAGGAAUCAAUGUCCGAAUGAUAAGAAAGUAAACAUUGCUCAAGGCUCUACGAGUGACGAGGAGGUCGCUCUGACUUGCUGUGAGGAAAGCAAUGUGGAUUCCUGGGUCAUGGAUUCUGGUGCUUCAUUUCAUGCCACCCACAGCGGUGAAGCAUUGCAGAAUCUGGUUGUUGUGGACUUUGGAAAGGUACGACUAGCAGACGACAGAGCUCUUGAGGUGACGGGCAUGGGUGACAUGGUGUUGAAGACCUCAGUCGGUCUCUGGACUUUGAAGGAUGUCAGAGUGGUUCCAGCCUUGAAGAAAAGUUUGAUUUCUGUCAGGCAGUUGGACGAACAGGGACACGAGGUAAAGUUCAGAGAUGGGCAGUGGAAGGUCGUGAAGGGAAAUCUUGUCAUAGCCCGUGGAAAGAAGAGAGGUUCGUUGUACAUGGUCGGGUUACCAUCUGAGGGAGUGACCGUCCCAGUUCAGAAGAGAAACAAAGUCCGGUUCACAGAGUCUCGUGGGCAGAAUAAGGUUGUCUGUGCAAGAGAGAAACCUAGAGCCACUGGUCAGACUCAGGAUGAACGAGCGUGGAAAGGUUUAAGGGGGCCAGUCAGAGGUAUUUAUGGCAGUGGGAGCUCAAGUCCGCGAAGUCGGUUCAACGGAUCUUCUGUCACCCAGUCCUCUUGGUCAUAAGGUCGACAACCUUGUAGAGGUCUUUUAAAGAACGACUCAUACCUCUCACAAACAAGAGUCCUACAAGGUCCUAGGCCGUCACACGCAGACGUCACCCUCGGCCAUCCCACCGAGGACGAGUCAGGGACAGACUUUGCCGUGACUGAUGUGUUGGAGCUUGGGAGAGCUUCAACGGGCCUUUCAGUUGUCUGAUGAUAGCGCUGCAACAGAAGAGCUGAAGAAGAUUACUCGAUGUACAGGCGAUCGUGGCGGAUGGCAGUUGAUGUUUAUCAAGCCUCCAAGUGGGAGAAUGUCGGGCUUUGUGGAGGCUUGUUUGUCGGCCCGGCCCAGUUGUGCGUAGCCCUAGUUUUUUCCCCU